ACGAGCGAAGACAAAGAAGAAAGUUUCACGUUCUAGCGCGAGUCCUUCCAUUGCUCACUCGAAGCACAAGCUGCGAUUGUUCGCAAACCACCAAGUUAACGGAACUUCAAAAAUCUGUGUUCCAUGAUGGUGGCAAGUAUGGACAUGAUGCUCGUACUGGCUUUCCUACUGUGCGUUACAGGAGGUGAUGCAAAUUUCUGGGAUUCUGCGAAGUCACUCAUUCCCUGUCCGUUGUCGUCCCUGGGAUGCAAGAAGUUCUGCCAAAGACACGGUGGCUGCCUGAGCGGAAGGUGUUACUGUGGAACCUGGUAUCUGUGUCACUGCACGGGCUGUUGUCGGGAUGUUUCACAUGUGGGCUGUGCCGACAUCGACUGCUUAGACGUUGACCACCAGAAUUCCUGCAUCGACGGAGCCUGCUUUGCCAAGCACCCAGAUCCAGACUGCGAGCGCCCGUAGUGCUCGCAAGAGACUUAUCCAUCCAUGCCUCCACCUUGUUACGUUGUUGUCGAUCGGACGACGGCCGUGGUAAUUUCACGCGGGCAGUAUCAUUCAUUACUGAGUACUCAAAUAUGUAAUCGAUAAAAUAAAGUAACGGAAAGUCCA